CGCACAAGCAGUGAGAUAAGCUUCCAGGAGUUACCUCCCUGUAAUUGAUAUUUUCUUUUUAUCUGCCCUUGAUGCUGUGUUAAGUGUCUCCACGCGCUGACACGCAUUGCGCAACAUCCAGAUUCAGUACCCAAAAUUCAGGUGAACUAGAACGCUGAUUAUUUAACAUUUACAUUAGUUUUAACACCCUCUACCUCACGCACACGACACGCCGAUUGUCUCAAUAUACCGACUCAACAGCGCUGUCGGAUUGUCUCAACUCUUCCGGGUCAGGAUUCCGGGGGCAGGUCGAAGGUUUGAACAAUGACCUCGCCAAGCUCUUCGAAGGUCAUCAACACAGCCCGAGUGAUGGACCCGGCGAGCAACUUGCUGGACGAGCUAUAUACAAGGGCAGAUAACCCCGACACGCCCUCAGACGUGAGGGCAACGGUAGGCAAAGCGCUGGAACUGGUGGAGACCCGGGAAGAAUAUAGUCGAAAGAUGACGUAUCCCGAUACGCCAGGUGCCCGGAUGAUCUGCGAGAAGACCUACGCCAUGCCGUGGAAACAGCUCUACCAAGACAGCAAGGUCGGGACACAGUACAGUGCACGUUGGAUGAGCGGUAUUGGAGAAGGGCAGAUACUUCAGUUCUUGAUCCGGAUGCAAAAAGCUAAACGAGUUCUGGAGAUCGGGAUGUUUACAGGAUAUGUUGCAAUGUCGAUGGCGGAAGCACUUCCGGAAGAUGGCGCCGUUGUCACGUGCGAGUACGAACCGUAUCUCGUUGAGACUGCCAGAAAGUGGUUCGACGAGACGCCAUUCGGGAAGAGGAUUGACAUCCGUCAAGGUCCGGCGCUGGACUCGCUUGACAAGCUUGCCACGGAGGGUCAGACAUUCGACGUCGUGUAUCUGGACGCCGACAAGCAAACCUACACGGCGUACUUCAAGAAACUGCUUGACCUUGGCCUUCUGGCUGAGGGUGGGACGUUGGUGGUGGACAACAGCUUGUUUCACGGCUCUCCGUACACUCAGCCCGGCUCGAUGGUGGAUCUGUUCAACAAGGCGGUGAUGGACGACGACAGGGUGGAACAGAUUCUGAUGCCUAUCUUUGACGGCGUAUCAUUAAUCAGGAGGAAAGGGGAAUAACUCGUGUACGAAGAAAACAUAACUCUGCCUACUCAAGAAGUGUCUCGCCUUAUAUGUUAAGUCUCUGUGUUGUAAAGGAAAUGUGGUAAAUAAAUAAAUAUAAACCGC